AUGAAGGUGAACACAAUCUUGCCAGUGGUCGCGAUGGCCACUGCUGGUGCCGCGCUGGUUCUACCAGAUGUGGACGAGACCGUAAAGUCGGUGUCCCAUAAAGUUGAAAAUGCUGUGGCUGUUGCUAACGGUGUUAUGAGCUCUUUUGCCAAAGAAAUUACCAAGAACGCAGCCGAAAAGGAUGAAGAAGUCAAGUUGGCCCCUCUUGUGGCACCAAAUGAUGCUUCUAACGUUAUUCCUAACCGGUACGUUAUUGUUUUCAAGAAAAACCUGACACCGGAGGAGAUUGCUUUCCACAAAGAGGUAAUUGCGGAAGCUCAUGCUGAGUCUAUUUCAGCUUUGAAAGAAGAUGAUAUUUUCUUUGCGUCAACUACCGGUGAAUCUAACGAGUAUGGUGUCGCCGCAGUCUCUGCCGAAGGUGGUAUCCAGGAGUCAUUUGACAUUGGCGAAAUUCUAAACGGCUACAUUGGUUACUUCACUGAUGAAGUUAUUGAUUUUAUUCGCAUGAACCCACUUGUCGAUUUUGUGGAAAAGGAUUCUCUAGUGUUUGCUUCCGAGUUUGACACCCAAAAUGGCGCUCCCUGGGGGUUAUCUCGUAUUUCUCACCGUGAGAAGUUGAACUUGGGCAGUUUCAAUAAAUAUCUGUUUGACGAUGACGCCGGUAAGGGGGUUACUUCUUACGUCAUCGACACGGGUAUCAAUGUUGAUCACGAGGAUUUCGAAGGAAGAGCCGUCUGGGGUAAGACAAUACCAACCAACGACUUAGACAGUGAUGGAAAUGGUCACGGUACUCACUGUGCUGGUACCAUCGCUUCCAAGCACUACGGUGUCGCUAAAAAUGCGGAAGUCGUUGCCGUGAAGGUUUUGAGAUCUAACGGCUCUGGUACGAUGUCUGACGUCGUUAAGGGAGUCGAAUUUGCGGCUAAGUCUCAUCAAGAUGCGGUGAAGAAGAACAAAAAGGGUUUCAAGGGCUCCACUGCUAAUAUGUCUUUGGGUGGUGGUAAAUCUCCUGCUCUAGAUAUGGCAGUUAACGCAGCUGUUAAGGCCGGUCUUCACUUCGCCGUUGCAGCCGGUAACGAAAACCAGGAUGCGUGUAACACUUCUCCUGCUGCUGCAGAAAAUGCUAUUACGGUUGGUGCAACGACGUUGAGUGACGACAGAGCUUACUUUUCCAACUGGGGUAGCUGUGUUGAUAUCUUCGCGCCAGGUUUGAACGUACUCUCUACUUACAUUGGUUCUAACACAGCUACAGCGACGUUGUCAGGUACUUCCAUGGCUUCCCCACAUGUCGCAGGUCUGUUAACAUACUUUUUAUCAUUGCAGCCAGGUUCUGAUAGUGAAUUUUUCAAUGCUGCUGGAGGUGUUACUCCAAAUCAACUGAAGAAGAGAUUGAUUGCCUUCAGCACUAAGAAUGCUCUGGGCGAUGUUCCAGACGACACACCUAACUACUUGAUUUUCAACGGUGGUGGUAAAGAUUUGGACGAUUUCUGGGGCAAGGAUGUCGCAGAAGAUGCUUCCGCAGAAAAAUCUUCUAUUUCUGACGGUCUAUCCGAACUAAUUGAUGCACUUGAUGAGAAGUCAGAUAUUUUGUUCGAAGAAGUCAGAGAAAUCUUCGACCAAUUGAAUAUCAUUUAG